GUCGUGAAUACCUUCCACGCAUCACCAAGCGCCACUCAGCAUUCUUCUCGAUACCUUCUUCGACCGCCACCGACUGCAAACUCUCCACGAGUCUGUCAAGAGUCCUUGUGCUGGCACUCGCGCUCUGGCCAGGAUUGCUCCCUGAUCCCAUACUUCUCGGUGCCCAUCCACUCCUCGCACGGCCAUCACAUUAAGCAAGCAACUCAUCGCUCAAGUACAGCACCCUCAGUAGUAGUACAGCACACCAUGGUGAAGGUGACGCCCACCAAGAAAGGUCAUGGCGGGGCCACCAAGCCUGGAUCCAAACAUACUGGCGGAAAGGGCGUCAAGUUUGUAAAGGGCGAGAAUUUCUACCGAGAUGCCAAGCAAGCCAAACGCGUCAAGCUGCUGUCGAAGAACGGCAUCGCUUCCAAGCCCAUCCGCGAUGCAGCAGGCAAUGUGACCCAAGCGCAAGAGUUCCAGUCUUCAGAUGCCACACCUGGUCGUGUUCAGCCUGAUCGUCGGUGGUUUGGCAAUACGCGGGUCAUCUCGCAAGACGCCUUGGACCAUUUCAGGACCGCGCUCGGAUCUCGGGUGGACGAUCCUUACUCUGUGCUGCUCAGGAGGAACAAGCUGCCCAUGUCGCUGCUGCAGGACGCCAAGAAUGGCAAAGCCCCUAGGCUCACCGCUGUCGAGAGCUUCGAGGAGACAUUUGGUCCCAACUCGAAGCGCAAGCGACCUCGAUUGGAUCCGGGCAAUUCGGGAAGCUUCGCAGAGCUGGCACAAGCUUCGGAGAAGGCAGGCCUGGAGGCAGAGGAAAAGGAGGAGCUGCAAAAGUUCAAAGCCGGAGGUCAUCACCUGGUGCAAGAUGGAGCAGAGAUUGGCAUGGCGCAGUCGAGCCAGGCCUCGCCUACCGGUCUUGUUGGUGAGAGUGCAGGCGCUAGCGGCAGCAGGGUCAUCGAUCCGACUUCGCUGCAAGAAGAGCCUUACAGCAUGACUGUCACGCGAGGCAGAAGCGAGCCAAUCUACAGCAAGGGUCAGAGUCGAAGGAUCUGGGCAGAGCUUUACAAGGUCAUCGACUCGAGUGAUGUGGUCAUCCACGUGCUCGAUGUGAGGGAUCCCAUGGGUACCAAGUGCAAGAGCGUCAUCAAGCACAUCAAGGAGGAGAAGCCGCACAAGCAUUUGGUGUUCCUGCUAAACAAGGUGGAUCUCGUGCCUACUUGGGUGACUGCACGCUGGGUGAAAGUCCUGUCCAAGGAAUACCCCACACUCGCAUUCCAUGCCUCUAUCAACAACUCCUUCGGAAAGGGCGCCCUCAUCCAGCUGCUCCGACAGUUCUCCCAGCUGCACUCCGACCGGAAGCAGAUUUCCAUCGGAAUGAUUGGAUAUCCGAACGUUGGCAAGAGCAGCAUCAUCAACACCCUCAAGAAGAAGAAGGUGUGCAACGUCGCGCCGAUUCCUGGAGAGACAAAGGUCUGGCAGUACGUCACUCUCACCCGCCGGAUCUAUCUGGUCGACUGUCCGGGUAUUGUUCCUGUGGGAGCUGCAGAUUCGGAGACCAACACAGUCCUCAAGGGGGUCGUUCGAGUGGAAAACUUGGAGACGCCAGCCGAGCACAUACAAGCGCUGCUCACGCGUGUCAAGCCAGACUACCUCAGACGAACGUACGGUCUAGAGCAGUGGUCCAAUCAUGAGGAUUUCCUGGCGCAGCUUGCGAAGAAGAUGGGCAAAUUGUUGAAAGGUGGCGAUGCUGAUCUCGAAACGGCGGCGAAGAUGGUGCUGAAUGACUGGAUCCGGGGCAAAAUUCCGUUCUUCGUUGCCCCUCCAUUGCCUGCUUUCAAGGAGAAGAAGCCGGCGCUGACCACUCUCGGAGCCCCAGCUGAGACCGCCGCGUCGAAAGCGCAAGACGGCGAGGAUGUGGGCCUUGUUGCCAAGAAGAAGAUCAUCAAGGGCGUCGAUCAGCCGAUCAGAGCUAUCGCUGUCGUGAAUAAGUUUAGCAAGGCUGACGCACAAGGUGGUCUACCGGAAGACUUCGAGCCGGAUCAUGACGCUGAAGUGGCACCCGGCAUGGACGAAGACGGAGCGGAAGAGGAUAUCGCUUCGGGUGACAGUGAGGACGAUGGGGAGGAGGAGCAGGAGGACGAAGACGAUGAUGAGACGCUGGAAGGUCUGAAAUGGGAAGAUGUGUUUGGCGGUACCUCUGGCAUGGACUCGCGAUCUGCGUUUGCGGAAGAGGACGGCGAGGCAGCCUUGGCCCCGUCAGAAGGCGGCUCCGACUCGGACGUCAGCAGGUCUUACUCGGGCUCCGAAGCUGAAUUCCAUUCGUUAGCCGGAACGAGCAACACCAGCGCACCAGUCAUCUCCUCUAUUGUAGCAGGCAAACGCAAGGCUUCCGAUGACUUGGACGAGGAGGUGGACAACUCCAAGAAGUCGAGGCGAGCUGCGGAGGCGAAGGCCAAGGAAGCUCGGGUGAAGACGAGCAAGCAGAAGACGGAGAACUUCUACACGCAUGCCAAUGUCAAGAACAAGAAUAGAAAGAAGGCAAGUGGAUCGGAAGAUGCGUCGGCUUCUGCAGGACCCAAGAAGAAGGAAAGAGGAAGCAGAGUAGGCGCGAAUGGUAGAAUGGCCAGAACCACCAAGGCGAAGAUCGCUCGAAAGAAGAAGUAGUCCAGUGGUCGCAUCUUUUCUGCUGUGCUUGCGUCUACAGAUCCUCUCCCUUCGGCAACACCAUCAUUGCAAUCCACAAUUCGCAAUUCGCAUUCACCGAGAUUCGUCUCGAGCACGUCACUUUGCUGUCAGAUCCUCCUGCUGCGCAAAGUCGCGAAUUGAACAACCAAUGGUACGCAGUUCGAGGCGGUGCAAGUCGUUCAUCUAGUCUGGUCUCGGCGCGCGAUCCGAUGGCUAUUGCGAGUGUCAGGUCGCUGACUUGUUGGGUAUAAUUGCGGGUCACUGUAAACGUGGCAGGGUCGCCGACGAAGUGAGGUGGACGAUCUGAAAGGUGACGCUGGAGGCUACGCUCGUGAGGGAGACAGGACGGAGUCAACUUCUUCGCGCCGAGUCCUUCGUCGGCAGCAGCGAGAAGUUCGGAAUCAAAAGGGCUGACAAAGUUGCGAUUGACCGCUUUAGAUGGC